AUGGGGAACGCUGCUGCCACACCUCUGUCUCCUGAAUCCGACACCAACAAGGUUCUCAUCCCCUUCCCCACUGUCCAGACACCUUCCACUCCCCCACUGUCCAGCCCCCUCCCCUACAUUCCAGCCUUUCCCACUGUCCAGCCCCCUCCACUACUUUCCAGCCCUUCCAACUUCCCUACUGUCCAGCCCCCUCCCCCACUGUCCAGCUCCCCCCACUCCCCCAAUGUCCAGCCCCUCCCACUCCCCCACUGUCCAGUCCCUCCCACUUCCCCACUGUCCAGCCCCUCCCACUCCCCCACUGUCCAGCUCCCUCCGACUUCCCCACUGUCCAGCCCCUCCCACUUCCCCACUGUCCAGUCCCUUCCCACUCCCCCUCCCCUACUUUCCAGCCCUUCCCACUUCCCUACUGUCCAGCCCCCUCCCCCACUGUCCAGCUCCCUCCCACUCCCCCACUGUCCAGUCCCCUCCCACUCCCCCACUGUCCAGCUCCCUCCGACUUCCCCACUGUCCAGCCCCUCCCACUUCCCCACUGUCCAGCCCCCCCCACUCCCCCACUGUCCAGCUCCCUCCGACUUCCCCACUGUCCAGCCCCUCCCACUUCCCCACUGUCCAGUCCCUUCCCACUCCCCCUCCCCUACUUUCCAGCCCUUCCCACUUCCCUACUGUCCAGCCCCCUCCCCCACUGUCCAGCGCCCUUCUACUCCCCCACUGUCCAGCCCCCUCCUCCCCUACUGUCCAGCCCCCUUCCCCUCCUCACUGUCCAGCGCCCUCCCCCACUGUCCAGUCCCCUCCCACUCCCCCACUGUCGAGUCCCCUUCCCCAAUGUCCAGCCCCUCCCACUCCCCCACUGUCCAGUCCCUCCCACUUCCCCACUGUCCAGCCCCUCCCACUCCCCCACUGUCCAGCUCCCUCCGACUUCCCCACUGUCCAGCCCCUCCCACUUCCCCACUGUCCAGUCCCUUCCCACUCCCCCUCCCCUACUUUCCAGCCCUUCCCACUUCCCUACUGUCCAGCCCCCUCCCCCACUGUCCAGCUCCCUCCCACUCCCCCACUGUCCAGUCCCCUCCCACUCCCCCACUGUCCAGCUCCCUCCGACUUCCCCACUGUCCAGCCCCUCCCACUUCCCCACUGUCCAGCCCCUCCCACUCCCCCACUGUCCAGCUCCCUCCGACUUCCCCACUGUCCAGCCCCUCCCACUUCCCCACUGUCCAGUCCCUUCCCACUCCCCCUCCCCUACUUUCCAGCCCUUCCCACUUCCCUACUGUCCAGCCCCCUCCCCCACUGUCCAGCGCCCUUCUACUCCCCCACUGUCCAGCCCCCUCCUCCCCUACUGUCCAGCCCCCUUCCCCUCCUCACUGUCCAGCGCCCUCCCCCACUGUCCAGUCCCCUCCCACUCCCCCACUGUCGAGUCCCCUUCCCCACUGUCCAGACACCUCCCACUCCCCCACUGUCCAGCCCCCUCCCCUACUUUCCAGCCUUUCCCACUGUCCAGCCCCCUCCACUACUUUCCAGCCCUUCCCACUUCCCCACUGUCCAGCCCCUCCCACUUCACCACUGUCCGGCCCCUCCCACUCCCCCACUGUCCAGCCCCUCCCACUCCCCCAAAGAUGA